AUGGUCGUUCCCAUAAUCAUUGGAGUAGGGGUCACAAUCAUAGCACUUACGGCGAAGUCUACAGUUGCAGCUUAUAGAAAGUUUAUUCAUCUAACGCCACAAAUGAUUGCCUCGUUAAAUAAUAUUCAAUUAAAUAGAGAAACUAGUCUUGAUAAAACACAUCCUCACUAUCAAGAACAUCUCAAGAUAUUAAAAGCAUUUCCUCAAAGAGUAGGCUUCCAGCAGCGAAUGACGGAACAGGAAGCACUUCAGAUACUAGGUAUUAAUCCUGAAGACAUUAUGCAUUUGCGUAAAAAUGACUUAAAGAAGCGUUAUCGAGAAAUGAUGGUGGCAAACCAUCCAGACAAGCAUGGUAGCGUAUACCUUGCACAAAAGAUCAAUCAAGCCAAAGAUAUUUUAGAAAAGAGCUACAUGUUUAAUGAUGAAAAAUGA